CUCAGCAUUGCCGACUUCCCCCUAUAUUCUCUUUGCGGCCCAAACCAUACACAAUGGCAGACCCAAGCCUCUGCCGUCGCUGCAAAGAGCGCGCCGGCUCUCUAACACUGCGCAACCUGCCAACAUGCCCAGAAUGCUAUAUUGAACAUGUCGACUCCAAGAUGCGCCGCCGCCUUGGUAUUCUCAACAAGGACAAGAAGAACUCGCGCGACCUCGAACCCCGCCGCUACCUCGCCGGUCUCUCGUUUGGACCGUCGUCCACUGUGAUGGCUGCCAUCCUCGACACUAGCGCAGACUACCACGCCAGCAAGAAGGCCUCGUCGCCGUUUGAGCCUCAUGUUGUUCACAUUGACACGACUGAGUCACCAGACGGCCAGGUCAGCGAGCAGGCUGCUAAGAAAAUGGACGAGUUUAGAGCAAAGUUCCCCCACAUCACAUUUGAAUGCGUGCACGUCAGCCGCGCCAUGGGCCUCUCCUCGAUAAACUGGACGCUUCUUCCAGUUCCACAAGAUGAAUCAUUGUCGCCGCAGCAGAAGCUGAGCGGCAUGUUCAAUGCGCUGCCGUCGAUAACGUCCCGCGCAGAUGUCCUCCGCAUACUCAUUCGCCACUUGCUCAUCUCUGUUGCCCUGGAGAAUAACUACAGUACACUGUUGCUUGCCCAUAGCACUACAGCCCUGGCGGCUCUAACACUCGCUGAAGUGGCUAAUGGUCGCGGAUUUUCCGUCCCUGCCCAGGUCAAUGACGGGCCAAUGACGGUAUGCACAUAUGAAGAUGGCAAGGAGACUUCUCGACUGGACUUCCCUGUGCAUUACCCGCUUCGUGAGGUUCUCAAGAAUGAGCUUCUCAAGUAUAUGGAUUUGGUACCUGCGCUACAGGACAUGAAGGUUGAUGAGAAGCAAGGAGCCGUCGUAUCACACAAGGAUGUCAGCAUUGAGGAGGUCAUGCAGCGAUACUUUGAGGGUGUCGAGGGCCCGUAUGCCGGUAUUGUGACCAACGUCGUCCGCACAACAGGCAAGCUAGAGCCCAUUAGCGGCUCCGAGUUUUGCGGCUUGUGUGGUCUGACACUCGAUGAAAAGGGUGAUUCACGAUGGGCCGGCGAGCUAGGCGACGAGGAUCACCACGGCGAGAAGCUGUGCUAUGGAUGCAAGCGCUCCGUCUACGGCUAAGCGCUUCCCAAACUCUUUAAAAAGCAUUUUGAUUUUUUAUCAUCUUUUGUAUAUACCCCAUUUCACGAACUUAUGAAGCCAAAGAUA